CAUACAACAGAGUCUGCAGCCUAGGAGACGGAUUACAAUAUCAAUCCUCAGACGGAACCAAGUUUUCCAUCACUCAUCAUCUCGGCUAUUCUGUGCUCACUGUAACCUAAUGGUUGUCCGAAUGUAAAUGGAUUGUAAUGCUAACAUUAUGAAUAUUCCAAAAUUUUGCGUGGUAGCACAAUUUCUUCUUUAUCUUAACGUCUUUAAAGUAAACUUUGUGAACUCAUUUGAGAUGGACGGUGAUAUUCCUGCAACCGAAGCGGCGUAUCUCAAUCCGGCACGAGACAUGAUGACCAUUAAUAUGCACAGAGUUUAUGACAAAUACAGCAAGAAGCAUCACCAUCAUCACGAACAACAGGACGUGAAUACGAUCAGAAGCUUCAGAAGCGUCCCAGAGUUCUCCCACCACAAGAUUUUGUUUGACUUCAACCUGACCUCUAUCCCUGAUUCGGAAGUCAUUCUGAAUUCAGUUCUACAUUUUCCUGACCAUCAAGCCCGUCAGCGGCCCUGGGGAUGUCGACGCGCCCGCGGAGCUGCAUGUCGCCUCCAGUACCUUCAGCCACUAACCCUGUCGCAUCUCAUUAUUAAGGGCACAUCACCAAAUGCUGCCAUUCCCUCUCAGCUGUCAAACAUCACGUUGUCCUCUAGCAGAAAGGGGCUUUGGCAGAUUGUGGAUGUAACAUCAGCCAUCAAACAAGCCCAGGUUCAGGGUGAGCUAUUGAUCACUGCCGAGUUUCACUUUGGAAACAGAUUCCAGAGACGCCAAGAUCGCUUGUCUCAUCACAGUUUGCCAUUUAUUCUUGUGUAUACCAAUGACAUUGCCAUAACCGAACCAAACAGUGUUGCAAUCACUCUGCAGAGAUACAGUCCGUCUCAUGUGAGUGAGGAGAAGGCAACUAAACCUCACUCAGCUGUGUUAAGUUCUAGAAGUAGGAGAGGUGUGGACCACAUCAAGAGUAAUUAUCUACCCGAUGUCCAGGAUAAUGAUCUGAAGAACAGGGAAUUAUGGGACAGUGUGUUUGUCGCAAAGAAGCCCAAACCUUUACCAAAGGGCCAGGAGCAUCAUGAGGGGUUGAGAGGAUCCCAGGAGCUCAGCUUUGAUGAGAAGACCAUGAAAAAAGCUAGACGCAAGCAGUGGAGCGAGCCCCGAAUGUGUGCAAGACGCUAUCUGAGGGUUGACUUUGCUGACAUUGGUUGGAGUGAAUGGAUAUUAGCUCCAAAAGCAUUUGAUGCAUACUACUGUGCAGGAACGUGUGGAUUCCCAAUUCCUAAGGUUGUUCAACCUUCCAAUCAUGCAACCAUUCAGAGUAUAGUGAGAGCUGUGGGCAUUAUCCCUGGUGUCCCAGAGCCGUGCUGCGUACCUGACAAGAUGAGCUCUCUGGCUGUGCUGUAUCUUGACACGAGCAGGAACAUGGUACUGAAGGUCUAUCCUAGCAUGUCUGUGGAGACCUGUGCCUGUCGAUAAACAAACCAAUGGACAGAUAAACAUAGACACACCCAUAAAAACACUUUGAACUCAGCUCAAGAGAGGGGGAGAACUGUACAUACUGAAGCACCUCAUAUGAUAAAAAAUGAACUUUAUUGUGUAUGCAAAUGAGACCUUAAAAUCUUUAUAGAACCUUUGCACACACACACCCAAAUAAUAAUAAUAAUGUUCCUAUACUUUUUCACUUUGAAUGACUUGUAUAUAAUCCUUAUUGUAACAUAAAAUACUAAAACAGUAUGACAGUACAAAUGAAUGGCAGAUGGAAAGUAAAAAUUGUAAAUAAAUCAUUGCUAACUGUAUGUGUCGUCAUAGAGGGACUUUCAGUUGGUUUGUAGUCUUGUUAGUUAAUGUUUAAGUUGCUAUAGUACUGUUAAUAGUAUGCGUCAGAAUCUUGCAUGCAAAAAUAAAUCUCACACCAUGUUAAAGGGAUAGUUCACCCCAAAAUAAAAAUGAGGCUAGAUUUUACUUAUCCUAAAGGCACAGGUUUAUAUGAGUAUAUAUAUGGGUCUUUCACCCAGACACAGCCAGAGUUAUAAAUAAUAUCCUGGCUCUUUUCAGCUUUAUAAUAGAAUUGGAUAGUGCCCGAUUUUCUCCAAAAAGCGCAUCCACCAUCCAAACUAAUCCAUACGGUUAAAAGCCUAUUUCUUCACCUCAGAAGACAUUUAAUAACUGUACUGUAUUAACUUUUGUAUGGAUGGAUGCCCUUUUGGAGCUUAGAAAAAUGGGGCACUAUCCAACGCCAUUAUAAAGAGCAAAAAUAUUAUUUAAUAUAACUCGACUAGUUUAAAAAGGUAUACACAUAUGGCUUCAGAUUAAGUAAAAUAUGGGCUAAUUUUCAAUUUUAGGUGAAUUAAUUUCUAAGAUGGACACUAUGGAUAAUGUUUAACAUAAUGCUGCCAUCUAGUGUUGCAUGACUUUCAUAGCCCUAGUAGAAGUAGCAGUUUUAACAUAAAGUGGCAUGGCAUCUUACGCACAGAAGCCACUGGCACGUGCCACUAUGUUUAGUGGCACUUCCGGUUUCCAUUGGCUCGUACCAGUGGCUCGUCGAGUGGCACUUCCGGUGUCCAGUGGCUCAUGCCACUUUUUAGUGGCUCGUCGAGUGGCACUUCCGAUGGCCAGUGGCUCAUACCACUCCGUUUGGUUGCUUGCACACUGACACAUGUCAGUAAAACUUAGGUCUGUUUGAUUGAGGCAUGUGGCACUGAUAGUCACCGAUCGAUCAUUACAGAUUCGAGCGUAACUUACGCGUGCUGCUGCUAUGUUCAUUUAAUUAUGACACAAUGAUUUUGUGUGUCCUUUCUGACUCUGAUGUUUCAGGUAACCGAAUGCGUAAAUUGAGUCGAGAGAUAAAUAUAUCAUAUUGACGCUCAUUCAUAAAGGAAUUGUAUGAUCACAAUAUUUAAAAUGGAAAUGCAUAAUAUGCAAAGUGUUUUCAUUUAUUAAAGCACAGUAUUUGUCUGAGCCAUGGUCGUGUGAACAUUGUGCCUUUUCUUAAUAUUUAAUCAGUUUUUGUAAAUCUUUUUUUUUUAAAGUAGUAUGCCUAAUUUAAUUGAGUCUACUAGAUACCCUUUAAAUGAAAGACGAGAUCGAAGAAAAAAACUGACUCCUCCUUAAAGCAUACUGUCGGCAACAUUUAGAUCCAAUGAAAUGCAUAAAAUAAAGGAAAAAACUGUGUUUGAUUUAAUCGUUUGUAAAGUGUAUUGCUAAGUGCUUUGUAAAUCUGUUUUGCUUUGAAAUAAUCCAACAAUUUAUUUAAAAUAAUUACCAUCUCAUAAAUGUUGUGAAAUAAUAAUUUGUUCAAACCCUUAUUUCUUAUAGACAACAAUCUAUAUAGACUAUAUAAAAUGUAAUUUUGAAGGGCACGUGACGUAUCUGCACUGUCAACAUCGUGUAAAUAUCAAGUUGUAAAAAAAUAAAAUAAA